AUGUUGCUUAUAUUUGUGGGUGAUAUAAUUGCAAUGUUAUUGUUAAAUCUUGAUCCUAUCUGGACAAAAGUUUAUUUGACCACAAGUGCUGUAUCAUUUGUACUAGGAGGAAUUGCCAUCAAUGCUGGAGAGAAAAAGGUGGAAAAAGAUACAAUGAAUGAAAAAGAUUCAAAUAUGGAAGAAAAAAGGUAA